UGCACCAGAAAACAUAUUUAUAUUAUAAUUGCUACUGUAUAGUUCUAUUUCAACAAUGUUUACAACACAUUUUAUUUCGGUUAUAACAAUUCAGGCUGUGAAAUAAAACGGAAGCAUCAUAUAUAUGUUUUAGGUGAUAAAGAAAACAUAGGAAGCUGUACGGAUUAUCGGAGCGAUCUAAUACCAGUGACACCGCCCUGUCACAACAUGUGGUGAGAAAACGAAAACAGUUUUAUGGUGAGAAAACGAAGACAGUUUUGAAGUUUUUGAAGUGCUGAAUCUGGUGAACAACUAAAAAUGACGAGUGGUCAAGAUGGUGGUGGUAUUCCGAGUGAAAUGAAAGAAAAGCUGGCUUCAUUUGAUACAGCCCUGACCAGCUUGGAGACCGAGUUGAAGCCGCUGUUGGCGAAACCAAGAAUGGAGUUCUUUGAAAAGCUGGAGCCUCUGGACAUGGGCAAGAUGGACCUGGUGGCCUCCUAUGCUGUCAACUCAUUGUUCUGGAUGUAUCUGAAUGUGUGUGGAAUCAACCCCAAAGACCAUGCCAUCAAACAGGAGCUGGAGCGAGUGCGUGGAUACAUGAACCGUGUAAAGGAGAUUCAAGACAAAGCAAAAGCCCCGAAAGUUAACUCCGGAGCUGCUAAACGUAUGGUGAAGAGUGCUCUGUGGCAGGCGGCACAGAAGAAGGUCAAGCCACAGGGUAGAGACGAGGCAGGACCAUCCCAGUCACAUUCCAGCAUUGCCCCUGGAGGGAACAGGAAGAGGAAGUUUGAUGAUGUUGAGGAGUCUGGGAAGGGCAGGAGGACCAGGUGACAGGAUGCUAGACAGGUGGAUGUUGAAAAGUUGUGCAGAUGCUGAUGUACUAGCAGGAGACCUACAACAGUCAGUACCAGGAUGAGGGUACAUUGGUUGUCCUGGACCAGUUGCGCCAUCUCAUUCUUGAACCGAUGUUUAUCUGUUGGUGACAAACUGACUUACAUGGCCCUGGCAAGUUCGAGAAAUGAUGUGUUGUUAAAGUCCCCUGUCCAGGCUGACUGCAAGACUGUGAUCUUGAUGAGUGUUGUGCUGGAGGAUGCAAAGCUGUGUAUCUCAGUUACUUGAGUUGAUGCAUGAACUGUUGUUCAGUUAAGACACCUGGAAGGUCAAGUUGCUUAUCUGGUGUCAACUGGAACUAAAGUGAGUCCUGUUCACAUGAAACACACAGGACACUUACAUUGCUGGAGAGAUCCAAGAAAAAGACAUUUAAUUUUAACUAUAGUACGUAUGGAGGUCAGCUUGCACAUAUUGCCGAAAAAUAAUUUUGUAUAAGUACCGUAAUAUAGGUGAAAGUUUGUUAAAAGCAGUGUAAAAACACCUCUCAAUAACAUUGCCUUAUUUAACUUGAGAACUGUUCACUAUUGGAGUCCCAGAGAAAUAAUAAACAUUGAAUAUAACAUUG